UGUAGUGGUUUCAAUUCCUCGUGGAUUUUUGGCGGUCGCAAGUUGUGUGUACUGUGUAGAACAACUGUAGAUAGAGUACGUUGUGUACUUUAUGUAGGUAGUGUGUUCGGUGCGGUACGGUACAAGCUCUCCAAUUCGAAGUGGAGUUUUGAGCAUAUCACUGAUCUACUAAAAAAUAUAAAAAGUCAAAAUAGGUUACAACCUAAAGAAAUAGCCAUAAAAAGCCGUGGAGUGGAAAUAGACUCAUUCAUGAUUUCAUAUUUAAGUAUAUUUUUAAUCAGUGAGCUAAUUUUUAGUCAAAUUUAAAAGUGAUAAAGAACUAUAAUAACUUAAACAAAAAUAAACAAAAACAAGAAAGAAAACACAAAAAAAAAACUAAGAGAGGAGAAUAGACAAAUCGAAUUAAAAUUAUAAUUUUAUGAAUGAACUGCGAUCAUCUUUUCGACGACAGGACAUCAUGAUGCUAUUAAUCAGAACGCUUCUGAUCAUUUUCGCACUGUACACGUUGGGAACACUAGCUGAAUUGUCAACUAUCGAGAGAAUAAAGAAACAUCAAGAAUGGUUAAGACAACGAGGCCUACUAAGACCACAAACCUCAAGGAGAACAUCACUACUUGAUGAUCGUUGGAAGAUCAAAGACCCAACGAAACCAUUAUGGCAGAAGGUAAACAGCAAUGUCGACAAAAAUAAUAUUAAAACUGACGAUCCAGGAAUAAAUGAUGUUUAUCCGGAGAAUGAAACAACAACUAUUUCCACCACUACGUUGAGAUCGAUGAAUGAACUCCAUAUUAAUCCCACAGAAAAAACAACCAUUCCAUUUCCAACUACAACUACAAUAAAAAUACCCACAACUAAUACAACACAAAAACCAUCAUCAAUAAUAGAGCAACCAUCUACAACAGCAAUAGAAUCGAUUACGUCUAAAACAACAAGCAAUCCACAAUCAACAAAUACAACAACAUCAAUGAAGACGAAAUGGGAAGAAAGCCCAACGACCCAAUCCAAGACAACAACCUCAAAACCAAAACCAAAACCGAAACCCAAAUCAUAUCCUCGUUGGGGCACCUGGAGCCCGUGGAGUACAUGUUCACGAACCUGUGGCGGUGGCGUCAUGUGGCAACAGAGAAAAUGUAUUUCAAAGCGUCAGAUUACAGGCAAACGGUACAUUAGCAACGAAUGCAUGGGUAUCUAUCGCCGUUAUCAUCUUUGUAAUGAACAAGCCUGUACUUCGGCCAAUGACGAUUUCCGUCAGCAACAAUGCUCCGCUUUUGACGACGUCGACUUCCAAGGAAGAAAGUACGAGUGGGAGCCUUAUAUCAAAGAUGACGCUGAGUGUGAGUUGAACUGCAAGCCACUUGGAAUGAAAUAUUUUGCCACACUAAAUAACAGUGUCAUAGAUGGCACUGCGUGUUUCCGUCCAGCUGAGUACUAUCGUUCAAGCUAUCGUGGACGUGCGAUAUGCGUUGGUGGAGUAUGUAAGGCAAUUCAAAGCAGUGGUGUAAUAACUGGACUAUCAGCCAAUAGUGGCACUGUGAGCUGUGGGGGUUUAAUUUGUCGAUCUAUAACUGGAAUUUUCACCCGAAAUCCAUUGCCAGAAGAUGCUUAUGUUCACGUUGCAACAAUUCCAGCAGGAGCUUCAAAUAUUUCUAUUACUGAAUUGAAAAAUAGCAUAAAUUUGUUAGUGCUAAGGACUACAAGUACAGAGCAGAAGUACCUUUUUAAUGGAGAUAAUACGGAAUCUUCAAAUGGAGCUUAUGAUGCAGCUGGAGCAGUGUUUGACUAUCGAAGAAUCGAUGGUCUUCAAGACGGUGAGGGAGUAACAGAAUGGAUAACUUGCACAGGACCCAUAAGGGAAAUGUUAGAACUUAUGGUCUAUUCUAGAGAUGUGAAUCCUGGAAUCAAGUACGAAUACCUUUUGCCAAUAGGCUCCGAUUCCGAAGAAAAUGAGGUUUCUGUGGAAAGCGAUAUGAAUAUGAAAUCUGGCAACGAAGCAGACGCUGUACCCGGCCGUCCAACACGAAAGCGUAAAUUUAAUUGGAAAGUUGUGGGUUUCAGCCCAUGCAGUAAGUCUUGUGGCGGUGGAACUCAAAUACCUGUAAUUCGAUGCGCUCGCGAGAAUCCAACUAGAUAUUUCUCACAACGUCGUUGUAGUCAUUCAGAAAAGCCGGUUUUAAACGAGAAUCUCCUACGAUGUAACACCCAGCCGUGUCCGGCGUUUUGGAGAUUGGAAGAAUGGGGUGAUUGCAAAUGCCAACAGGGUGAAGGUAUUCGACAACGCGAAAUAGGUUGUGUUCAAGAAUUGGCGACCGGUAUAGUGAUUCAAGUGAAUAAUGUUGCCUGUUUGGAGGAAGAACCACAAACUAAAAAACCUUGUGACUGUCCGAAAAUGAGUCGACGAAGAAAUCACCAUCGGCACAGGCUAUACAACGGUCGUCUUCAGAAUCCAUUAUCAGGAAAUUUGACGGUGCCAAAUAACCAAAAAGUGAUAGUUGCCGAUAAAGACAAGGCCGGAAUUUGGUUGUUCUCAGAUUGGAAUAAUCAUUGUUCGGCAUCUUGUGGACCAGGAAUUGAAUACCGCUCAAUCUAUUGUGAUCGCUCAAAAUCGAAUACUGAGAGAUGUGACUUCAGAUUUACACCUGAUACAACUAGGCCCUGUGAAAACGAAAUUGAGUGCGUGAUGGGGGAAUGGUUUGCUGGACCCUGGUCAAAUUGCACUGGUAGCUGUUUUAAUUUAACGAAAUCUAGACAAGUGCUUUGUAUACAAAAUCAGCUCAUAGUUGAUAAUGAGGAUUGUAAGGCGGAACUUAAGCCUGAAUCAACGCAGAAGUGCAGUCUUGGUGAUGUUGAGUAUUGUUCUGCCAAGUGGCAUUAUUCAGAGUGGAGUGAGUGUACAAAAUCUUGCGAUGGCGGAACUCAAAGACGCAGUGUGAAAUGCCUUGAAGUCAACGAGACCGAAAAUACCCUUACAGAAUCCAUUAAAUGUCGUUACUCUAAAAGGGAGCCAAUAUAUCGCAGUUGUAAUACAUUUGCAUGCAGUGAGCCUCGAGUAGAUCUCAUACAAAAUGACAUUGCUCCAACGUGUAUUGAUGAAUUCAAUGACUGCCAUCUGGCGGUAAAGGCCAAACUAUGCAGCUACGAAUAUUAUCAACAAAAUUGUUGUUAUUCAUGUGGAGCAGUACCAGCAUAAUUGGCAAAAAGAAAACGAUUCGAGGCAAUAGGACUUUUUUAUAAUUCUUAUUUUUAAUUUAAUUUAAAAUGAAUGAUUAUAUUAUGUAUUCUUGAUACAACUUAUUACAGGCGACAUGAAAAAACAAGCAUAUUUCUCACAGAAAAAAAAACGACUAGCAUCUAUGUACUUCUGUAAAAUCCUUGAAAUGAUAAGAAAAUAAAACGACAAAGUACCUUUUUUUUAAUCCAAAACUUAAAAAGAGUAAAUUUGCUUAUUUAAACUUAAAAUUUGGAACUAUCUAAUAACAACAACCUGUACUAAUGAAGAAAAUAAUAAGAAUAAUACUUUAUUAAAAUAUAUUUAUUUAAUUUGCACUUUAAGCUAAAAUUUUAAAUGUGAAUAAUAAUUUUUAUUUUAAGUAUUAUUUUAUAAGCAAAAGAAAGAAAGAGAAAAUGUGUUAUAAAUGUAUCCAUAGUUGUUACAUGUAUUUUUCUAUAAAUUGUUUUUUUUUUUUUUUUAAUUUUUAGCUCAUUGAUAUCAGCCAUAUAACGAAUUUCAUUGUAGUCGGAAACUAUUCCGAAUUCCAAAAAAAUUACUGACCAAAUACGUUUGGAGUGGAAAAAAAUUUGCAUUAACACCGGAUUUCUAAAUACGGUUUGUAGGAAUUUGUAAAAGUUUACGAUUACGAUGGAUUUCGUGAUAGGCCCGAUCCACUUAGAAAAAAAAAGAACAACGUUUCCAUUUAAAAUGUAUUAUUGUAUAAUUGCACUUUAACUUAUUUUUAAGCUUAAUUAUAAAACUUACUUAUUUAAAACAAACAAAUUAUUAAAAAUAGUCAAUUAAAUCCAACACCAUAUACGACAAUGCAUGAGUGUUCACUUGAAAUAUUAUGGUUUGCAAAAAAAAGCUUAAUAUCUUCCAAGUAACGAAUUUCGGGUCGAAAAUGUUGUAAUUUAACUUUUAAAAAUGUUAUUAAUAAACAAUUUACAUUUUUUUAUAAAA